GUGAACGUUUUUCGAAGACGAAUGGAAGGUUAUAUCGAAUCACUUAAGGAUGAGCAGAUAAAUUCAACAUCUGCAGAAGAUAUGGAGUUUUCUGAAUUUAGUGAAAGUUUCACGGACUUUACCAGCAGUGAGAAAAUUGCUGAUCCGAUAGAAAACGAUUCAGACGAUGAGUUCGAUGAGUUUGUAGAUUUUGAAGAAGCUGAUUUUGAAUCAGCCUCAAGCUUUCAAGAACAAACAAGCUCUGACCAAAUUGUAGAAAACACCUCUGUUUCUCGUGGCUCAACUUUAGUGUGCCUCGAUCCCGCUUCGAUGGACAACAUAACGUUACAUCAAAACCUCGACCAAGCGUUAGAUAACUUGUUUCCUUCAAAUAGUGAAUUUUUAUCCAAUGAGAAUAUAAUUUCAACAGAAUCUAGUGGUAACAAAGGGUUGGAAUCUAUUUUUUCUAUUCUUGGAAGUUCGGAAAUAUGGCAAUGCAUUUCUCAUGAAUCAAAUGAAAAACCAUUUCAAUGGAAAAAGUCCAUAAUAAGAAAAUCAUUCUAUACAUCUCUGGGAAUUACGAUCGAGGCUUUAGAAGAGGUCAAACCGCAAAGUAACAUAAAUAUGAUUUCCCCAUCAAAUUCGAUUACUGUUUCCACAAAAGUUUUGCGUUCUACUUCAGCUCCUGUUAAACCAACGACAUCAUCUUCAGCUCCUGUCAGCCGUUCCUCGACACCUAAUUCUUUAUCCAAUUCAUCACAUAAUAACAUUUCUAGUAGCUCUCAUAACAAUCUGUCCAAACCAAAGUCAUCGACGGCGCCUAAACAAUUGGACGUAGAUUUGGUUAAAUCAUUAUGUUCAAUUAGUGAAGAAACAUUGCAUACAUUUACGGAUUCUCAACUCCUUGAUUUAAAAUCAAACCUUCUUGCAUUGUCACGCCAAACUUCUGAUACACUUACGUAUUGGCUAGAUCAACGUGAGCAAACUGUGAUGGAUUCGGAAACUUAUAAUCAAAUGAUCGAAUGUCUUGUGGGGCAUGCACAAAAAAUCAGGGAUGGUAAUGGAAAGCAAUCGAGGUCGAGCUGGGACAGCCGCGGUUUAAAAUCAAGAAAAAAGAGUGCUAGUGCUGUUGUCAGCGGAUUGGCCUCAUUAAGCCUUUCCUUCAAAAGACAUAAAGGUCAGCAGAGUUCACCGAAAACUCCCACAUCUGUCAAAUCUGAGGUUUCAAAACAUCACACGACUACAAGUGGCAAUAACGCUGACAUACAUGAAAGACCACUUUCUAUGUGA